AUGUGCGAAGAAAGAUGGCAGGAGGGAGUGAGUGGUAACAACAACGAUGGAGGAGAGCUAAGUGAAGUUGUGAGGCAGUUGGCUGCUGUUGCCCAACAAUUAGCAAGGAACUCAACCAAUAAUGUAGAUGCUCAGGGAGAGCUAUUUAAGAAGGUGCCGCAGAGCAAGCCACCAACCUAUCAAGGAGAGCCUAAUCCAACUAUAUUGGAAAAUUGGUUAAGGGAGUUUGAGAAACCGUUUGGGGCAGUAGGGUGUACGGAAACUUCAAAAGUAGGUUGUGCUACCUAUUACCUCAGGGGUGAAGUUGACCUUUGGUGGCAGCAAAAUGAAGCUACCAUUAAGGCACUACCUAGAUUUAACUGGACGAUGUUUCAGGAGAAGGUUAGGGACAAGUUUUACCCUAGCUUCUUACAGAAACAAAAAGCUGAGGAAUUUUCUAACCUUGCAAUAGGGAAUAUGUCGGUCACUGAAUACUACACCAAGUUUAUUGAGCUGUCACGAUUUGCUAAAGAGUCUGUUUUUACAGAAAAGCCUAAGGCUAGGAAGUUUGAGAGUAGACUGACUAUUGAUUUGCAGUUAAAGCUGUGUGGGCAAGUAUUUAAAACCUUGGAUGAAGUGUAUGGGAGAGCUACACACCUAUAUGCCUUAGAAUUAAAGAAAAGGAAAGAGAUAGCUAAAGUGGAAGGAAAGGAAAAGAGAAAAGAGGUGGGAUAG